CUGGCCACAACCGAAUGUAUAGAUAACCUGUACGCUCUUCUAAAUGAGCCAGGACUGCAGGCUCGGCCAGAGGCGGUACAGGCUAGGAAACAAUUGGACGAGCUGAAGACAGCUGACCCAUCCAAAGAUGAAAAUGCAUACAAGUAUAUAUGCAAGGAGUUACAUGCCGAAUUUCAACACAAACUUGCUGACAUUGAAAUGAAACUACAAACGGCAGGUGCUGAUACAAAAAGUAUUAAAGCGUAUCUCUACACUGAAAGCCUACAAGUAUUUCAGGCACUAGAGCAUUUUUCUGACGAUGCAAUGCACGAUUUAUCAAAGACCAAAGACAACAUUCUUCUGUCGAUUAAAGAAGAUAGGAGACGGGUCAUGGAUCACAUAGCGUUUAUGGAAAGAAAGGCAAUAGAACAUAUUGAACAAUCUGUAACAAAGGGUAAAAGAACGCUUGAAGAUCAUACAGAGAUACUUGCUAAGCGGUUGCGUAAAGAAGAAAUCGAAAAUCUACAAAAAAAGAAACUUGAGUUAAAGUCACAGCUUAUGGAACACUAUCAUAAAACUGCAAGCCGGAUGCCUGUUCGGCUGGACAUUGACGAAACUAUUGAUAAUAUAUACGAAAACCCAAAACUUACCUUAAUUAAAAUCCAAAAUGGCCAGAAAACUGAGGAAGAUAUUCUUGAAGUUAGCCAACUGUUUUCGACAGGUGAUGGCCCAAUGGCUAAAACGAUCAUCGUCGAGGGUGAACCUGGGACAGGCAAGACCUCAUUGUGUAAAAAGAUCGUGUGUGACUGGUGUAAAAUAAAUGAGAAAGUUGAGCGGGAGCCUAUCACAUCAAGUUUAGGUAAGUUUGAAUUCGUAUUCUACAUCAUACUUCGCUUCGUUAAAUCUGAAAGUGAAGUUAAAGCAAUGAUAGUCGAACAUAUACUUAAGAAGAUUGAUUCAGCCUGUGGAAAUGCGCACUCACUGCUGGGAGAAAUUUUAAAAUCAAAGCACUGCCUUCUCCUGCUUGACGGUUUGGACGAAUGGCGUAGAGAAAUGCCUGAUGUUGAAACAAGUUGGAAAUACUGUACAGUACUAAUCACAACACGACCAUACAAAUUGGCUGAACUAAAGGUGAUUCCAACGCAGAUGGAUAAAUAUGUCAAAUUGGGUGGAGUUCAAAAUCCAGAAGAGCUUGUAUUGAAAGUCAUUCGGAAGUUAGAGGAGUACCACAAAACAAACAAACCACCCGAGUCCUGCAUCAAAGACUUAAAAGACAAACACCUGUGGCAUUUCAGUAAAAAUCCCGUCGUACUCGUUCAUAUUGUGUGGCUCUGGCAAAAGAGUAAGUUAAGACAAAACAUGUCUCGUGCUACUCUUUACCAGGAAAUUAUUGACGAAAGAUGGUACGAAAUGUGUGACAAAAAAGAACAGUAUAAAGAUCCACAAGAGUUAUAUGACGUACUGAGCGAGAUAGCAUUUUAUCAACUGUUUUCUGAAAAUGAAGACGAAUCACUCGUGUUUAACAUCAAGGGGGAGCAACUACAGAAAUUUAAGCAGUAUAAAGAUACAUCGCUAGAAUCCGGUAUCAUGUCUGCCAGCAAUGUGCCUGGAGAACGCUCUCCUCAGUAUCAAUUUCUUCACAAAACAUUCCAAGAAUACUUUGCAGCUGUUUUUCUGUCAAAAUGCGGUUCGACUAUGUCCACCUCCUGCAAGCUCGUGAAAGAAAGAUUCUCGAAACAUAGGAACGAAAGUGUCUUUGCCUUGGAACAGGUAUUCCUGUUUCUAUGCGGUUUAAAUCCAGAUGCAGGCGAAGAGUUUCCAGAUGCAGUCGAGGAGUUUCCAGAUGUAGCCGAGGAGUUUUCGAAAACAUUGAAUGAACUGUUUACUGAGGCUUGUAAAAAAGAGGGAUCAGCUGUUAAAGCCAGAAAAUUCCAGGAAAUGAUACUUAGCGGCUACGAUGCGGCAGAGAGAAGUGGGCACAUCGGUGCGAAGUUGUGCUUGCAGCAUAUCGUGCUUGAACAUAAGACUGAUAUGUCAAGGUUGAAAUGGUGCUUGGAUGAUAAAAGAAUUUCGAACCUGAAAUCACUACGUAUUGAUGGAAAAGGCGGCAUAGCUUCGGCCCUGCAGUGCAUGGAUGAUCCAUCUGUUUUAGAUUUAGAUGAUGGAUCACACUUUCCCCUAGACUACCUUGAACUGAAGAACGUUCGUAUGCUAGCAGAAAAGUUCAUGCGUCUCGUUCUUGUGGGGAUACAGUCUGGACAUCAUCUAGACUAUAGAUUUACUGAGUGUACAAUAGAAGGUGACAUAGGAGAUGCUCAACAGCCCGCCUCAUCUCGCUAUGUAACAAGAAUUUGCUUAGAGAAGAUGACAGUGUCAGCAGAAGCCUUCAGGCGUCUCAUUCGUGUGCUGAUAGAUUCUGGUCAAAAUGUCAUCUUUAAGUUAACUGAGUGUACAAUAGAUGGGAACAUAGGGCAGCAACUAGAGGAAGUUUCGAACGAGAAUGCACAAAAGGUGGUAACUCAAGAGCCCGCCUUUUUUGACACUCAACCAAUAAUUUCAUUAGAGAAGAUGACAGUGCCAGCAGAUGUCUUCACGCUGCUCGUUCCUGUGAUGUCUUGUGGACAUGGUUUGCUCUUUGCAUUAAUUGAGUGUACACUUGAGGGUGAAAUAAUAGAGGAGCAUGUUAGGGUGGGGAACCAGACUGUCCUGCAGGUGGAAACUCAACAGCCAGCCACAUCUCACAAUCCAUCAUGCAUUGUAUUACGGAAGAUGACAGUGUCAGCAGAUAUGUUCAGGCGUCUUGUAAUUGUGGUGUUACAGUCUGAAUAUAAAGUGGGCUUUCAAAUAUCUGGGUGUACAAUAGAGGGUGACAUAAGAGAGCUGCAUGAGAAGGUGGGGGACCAGGCUGCCCUACAGGUGGAAGCUCCACAGCCCGCCUCAUCUGGCUAUAUUACCUUAAACAAGAUGACAGUGUCAGCAGAUGUGUUCAGGCGUCUCGUUCUUGUGGUGUUACAGGCUGGACAUCAUGUGAUUUGUACUUUAACCGAGUGUAAAAUAGAGGGUGACACAAAACAUCUGCAUGAGAAUGAGGGGGACCAGACUGCCCUACAGGUGGAAGCUCCACAGCCCGCCUCAUCUGGCUACAUAACAACCAUUGAAUUAAAGACGGUGAUUGUGCCAGCUGAAGUGUUGAGGGGUCUCGUUAGUGUGGUAAUACAGCAUGAACAUCGUGUUUGCUGUGAGUUAAAGAACUGUACAAUAGAGCCUGUCGAAGAAGUGAGAAAGCUUCAGGUGGAAAUGGAGGACCAGCCCGCCAUUGAUGUGGAAGGGUUCAGCAUGUGUGGACAAGUCUGGUGCAUUCAGUUUAUCAACAACAGGUAAUCAGUCUACGCUGUAAGGUAUAUACCAUAUUCAGCUCAUAUAUGGGAUCUCGCAAUGUUCAGCUCAAAAGGCAUCAGCGAACAACAGACGUGUGUGUUCGUGGUUUUUAAUGUAUAAGUUCCAUCUGAGGUUGAGUUCAAAACCUUAUGAACAAACGUUGUUUUCCAACAGUUCAGCAAAUGCAAACAAAGACAAAGUUUGCUUCAAGGAAUCCGGGAGUUACAACCAUACUUGUUGUCAGUAAAAUGUAAGACGAACUUUGAACAUUUUAGGAUUGAAUAUUAUGUAGUUUUAUUUUGACGUUCCAUCUUGUUGGCUGGUAUUGCUACUUCUACACUAAACUUUGGAUUAUCGUGGCUGUAACAAAGUGUACCUUUUUGUGAAUGACUCGUGUUGUUCUUUCGCAAUGGUCGUGGAUUAUUGUGGAAUCAAGGUUCAGUAACAACAGGUCGAAAGUGUUUCUUUAGUUUCUGAACGUUUCGAAAUUUAACUAUCAAAUUGUUGAAAAUGGCGCGCAUAUCGCUAUAUAAAAAUAUUUUUGAGAUAUAUUUUAUCUAUUUAUAGUUAAUUAAAAUACGUACAUUAAAUCGUUUGUUUUGGGAUCUUAGUGUGUGAAU